AUGUUUACUGAAGGCUUAGACGAAUCAGCCAUCAAUUGGAUUAAACAGGGUUCAAAUGUGGAAAAGGCUCAGCAUAGAUCACCGUUGAGGGAGAACUAUGAUAACAAAUACCCAAUUCCGCGAUCACCUAUUGGAUUGGGAUCUACUAGUUCCCAUAUACUUCCCCCUCUAAAGUUUCAUUCUGGUCUUCUGGGGCCUCACAAUCCAGUUGCUUCGAGUUUGGAUAGUAGCAGUGAAGACAAUUAUGGGUCGGAUGACUAUGAUGAUGGUUAUGAGAGUGAGAGUGUUGCGUCUGUUCCUGAUGAGCUUGAUGGCAUUUGCCCUGAGGAAGAAGGACUUGAUGAGGCAAUUACAUCCGGGAGCAGAGAACAAAUCCAUAAUCAGAAAUCAACUGCAGUUUUGAAUCAUAUGAGGGGAACUGGUAAUGUGGGGCUCAGGUUUGGUCCUAAGUUGAACAGGGGAUUAUCGAAAGAGUAUCUCCGGAUUGAGGUUCCAGAGAGCACAAGAAGGUAUACAGAUACCGAGUUGGGUUUUGAGGACAGAAUUGCAGCUGCAAAUAGGAGCUCUCGUUUGCCGGAUAUCCUUCAAUCGCACAGUGCAUAUGCGACACCAGUCGGUGACUUAGGAACUCCUAGUGCCCCACCUCUUAUGGAGGUUAGGCCAGAAGGGGAGAACUCUGAGAUUGGAAGUGCAUAUGGUCAAACAUCAGAUGUUGAUGAUGCAAAUAAGGUCCUGAACAUUCCAAGAGCAUCAUCUCAGGAGUGUCCAAGUGCUAAAGAAGUCCCUUUGGACCAAAAUGAACAGUUUCAUAAACUAGAAGUUAAAGAAAGAGAAGACAAUCAAGGGAUGAUUCUUGGGCAAACAGAAGUAACAAAGGAUGCUUGGGAAGCAGAACCAAAGGUUGAUUCACCUUAUUAUGAUGCCAGUGAUCAAAAUGCAUGGCAAAGUCUGAUUGCCUAUGAUGCAUGCAUUCGAUUAUGCCUGAAUGCAUGGGCAAGAGGAUGCCCGGAGGCACCAGAAUUCUUAAAAGAUGAGUGUCUACUUUUGCGCAAUGCCUUUGGUCUACACAAGUUCCUUUUACAACCUCAUGGUAUGCAAUCAUCAGAAAGGCCGAGAAAUAAGAUAAAACGAGACUUCCCCUCGCAAGGGAAACAAAUUGCUGGGAAAAUCCGUCUGGAAGUGAAAAAAGUUAGGAUCAUACCAAGAAGGAAGCUUAAAGAUACAAAUUCUCUGCGUGGUACAAUGUACAUGCAAGUUGGAGCUGAGUAUGUGCGGCAUGUUUCUGCACUUGUGAAAAGUGGAAUUAAUUCUCUGAAACUUGCCUCAUCUUCACUGACAUGCGAAGAGUCAUUCUCAUGCUUAGUGCAAUUAAAAAGCUCAGUGGAAGACAAUCAAGAUGGUUUAAGUUCAGCCAUUUCCUUGCAUCCUGGAACUGGUGAUUAUCAUGACUUUUUUACAGACAAUCAAGGGGAUGUUGUCCUCCUGGAAGUCCAGGAUAUGAAGAAAAAUGUUCAAGGUCGAGCUGUAAUUCCCAUAGCAUCACUGACUGAUAAUCCUACUGAGAAAGUAAAAUGGUGGCCUAUUCACCAUGAUGAUCAUGAGUGUAUUGGGAAGGUACAGCUCUCAAUAAAUUGGACAUCUACAAACGAUGAACCAACCCAUAUAAAGAAUGCACCGAUAGUGGAGACUUUUGCAUAUAAUCUGUUGCUAGAGGCUGCCAUGCGUGGUAAUAAGUUUCGUGCUAGAAACUUGUGUUUGGGUGGACCUUGGAAAUGGCUGCUUACAGAGUUUGCUGAGUACUAUGGAGUUUCAGAUUCUUAUACCAAACUGAGGUAUCUUUCAUAUGUGAUGAAUGUCGCUACUCCAACUAAAGAUUGUAUAGAGCUUGUAUACAAAUUACUAUUGCCUGUUAUUCAGGAACGAAAUGAUAAAAGAUUAACAAGACAAGAGAAAAGCAUACUGCUAAAUUGUGAAACCCAGGUUGAGAGUCUCCUUGCUGAUGUAUUUCAAAACUACAAGUUAUUAGAUGAAAACUCUCCUACAGGGAUAGCAGACAUGUCAUCUCCUAUAUUAGAAUCUGCAGCACCAUCCCUAGGUCCUGCAGUGCAAGUAUACACACUUCUCCAUGAUAUACUAGCUGAAGAUGCUAAGAUCAUCCUAAGAAACUAUUUUCAGGCAGCAGCCAUGAAAAGGUGCCGGAAACACAUGCUUGAGACAGAUGACUUUCUAUCAAAUUGCUCUGAGGGUCUUGUCAUGGAUUCUAUGACGAUGUCCACUGCUUAUUUGAAGAUGAAAAAUCUCUGUUCAAACAUUAGCAUGGAGAUAAAGGCUGACAUUAAGAUACAUGCGGAGCAUGUACUCCCCAGCUCAAUUGACCUGCCAGGCAUCACUGCCACGGUCUACAGCACAGAGCUAUGUAAAAGGCUUAGAUCUUUUCUUUCUGCAUGGCCUCCUUCAAGCCCCCAGACUUAUGUUAAUGAGCUUCUAAAGGCAACUUCCGAUUUUGAAAGGAAUCUAGAGUCCUGGAACAUCAGGCCAGUAGUGGGUGGUGUUGACUCAAGAGACUUAUACCAUGGGUAUAUAAUGGUAUGGAUACAGGACAUGCAAAUGAAUCUGCUAGAUCAAUGUAAAGCAGAAAAGGUGCCUUGGUCAGGAGUGAGCACAAAUUAUUCAACUUCUCCUUUUGCUGAGGAAAUGUUUGAAAACCUCAAAGCGAUGCUACAUGAGUAUGAGGUCGUCAUUAGUAGAUGGCCUCAAUACACCUUGAUUUUGGAGAAUGCUGUUGCAAAUGUUGAAAGAGCAAUCAUGAAAGCCCUUGAGAAACAGUAUAAUGAUAUCUUGACUCCUCUGAAAGAUAGUGUUCCCAAAAAGCUUGGAAUGCAAGUUCAGAAAUUAGCCAGAAGACAAUCCACUGCGCUUUAUUCAGUCCCAGUCCAACUAGGGACCUUUUUAAACACACUCAAGAGAAUACUGGAUGUCCUUCACUGUAAGAUUGAGGAUAUUCUCAAGGCUUGGGCAUCCUAUCUUCCAAUCAAUGGGGAGAAGAAGUCAAGUUUUGGAGAGCACAUGAACGGAGUUACUGUGUUGCUGAGAACCAAGUACAAGAAUUACAUGCAAGCAAUUGUUCUGAAGCUUGCAAGUAAUAUGCAGGCCAGUCGGAGCACAAGGCUGCAAAGGAUCUUGGAGGAGACAAAGGCGACAGAUGGAGAAGUCGAAAUUCGUGAAAGAAUGCAAAUGCUGAGCACAGAACUCUCAGAUUCCAUAUCCAACUUGCAUGAAGUCUUCACAAGUCGCAUAUUUGUAGCCAUUUGCCGUGGUUUUUGGGACAAAAUGGGACAGGUUGUUUUGAAAUUUUUGGAGGGCCGAAAAGAGAAUCGAAUAUGGUAUAGUGGAUCAUAUCAUGCUCUCGGGAUACUGGAUGACAUUUUUGCAUCACAGAUGCAAAGAUUGCAAGGAAAUGCAUUGCAAGAGAAAGACUUAGAGCCCCCUCGCUCAAUCAAUGAAGCAAGAUCAAUUCUUUGCCGAGACAAUACAAACGGGAUGGAAUCAUCAACCUAUCUUUACUUUUAG